AAAAAUAUGUAAAAAAAUCAACGGGUUACAAAUCAUGUCCCCACACAGUCAUAAACACGCCCUCUAAACAUUAAGGCUAAUGUGUUUCAAUAUUUUAAAAUUACAAAGCAAGCUAUAGAUCGUAUCAACAACGACUGAUUGAAAGUCCAUUAUGAAAUUACCCAUCUUUAAUGGUCUCACAAAAAUGUUUGGGCAUUUAAUAAAACAAAUUUAUUAUUCAUAGUUUCACGUGUAGCUCUUCUGGUUAACGUUAUUACACGAAUAUUAUAGUAUUAAUUAUAAAAAUAUUUCAUAAAAGGUGUAUAAUCAAAAUGCAACUAGAAUUGAAAUCAUCUGAAAACUACACAUAUUGGUUUUUUAACGACGUUCCUUCUGUGCUGCCAAAUUUGGGAGUUAUGGCUGCUAAAAUCGCGUAUAACAAUUUCGAGUGGCGAUAUACAACUUUAAUCUUGUUCAACACUAUGCAAUCCUUUAUACAGGCCUUUUUUAUGACCUAUAAGCGCCCCGUGGUAAUAAAACUUAGCCAAGGUACGCCAGUCAAAUUUAUAAAUAUUAAACAAUAUGUGAUAUUUGGUGAAACAUCAGCAGAUAUAAUACGCAUCAUGCGUUGGCUUGAUGGAUCAGAAUAUGACAGGACGGGAAGAUACAUAAUUAUAUGCUCUUCCAAAAAUGUAUUACAAUGCGAUAAAAAUCAGAUCUUCAAAAAACUAUCUAAAUUGCAUAUAUCAAAUGUUGUAGCUCUAAAAACAGCCAAGAAUGGCGAAGCGGCGGCUUAUUCGUACGAUGUUAUCAAACCAGGAAUAUGUUACAACAGUGAACCUGACAGAAUAGAAGUAAUGCUAAAUUGUCAAAAUGAUUCGUGUUUCUCCAAUUUAUAUCCUGAUAAAUUCAACAAUAUUCACCUUUGUCCAUGGCUUGUGUCGGCUAUAGAAGAACCGCCGUAUAUGAUGUAUUUAAAUAAAUCAGCGCCUUCAGGUUUUGAUGGCGACAUAUUGAAAAUGAUUGCGGACAAUCUAAAUGCAACUCUGAAUAUCAAGACACCAAAUGAACUCGAAUGGGGUCGGUAUGUAAAUUACAGUUGGACUGGAUCCUUUGGUGACAUUAUAAAUAAUCGCGUUGAUGCCGCAAUAUGUACGUCUCCUUACAAUCCUUAUAUACAUGAUAAUUUUCAAACAUCUCGCAUAUACUAUUAUAAUGAUAUCGUAUGGGCGGCCAGAGUGCCUUCACUCACACCACCUUGGGAAAAACUUUUGCAUCCCUUAGGUAAUCUUCUUUGGAUUAUAUUAUUAUUGAUAUUUAUCGGUAUCGUAUUGGCGAAUAACUGUUUAAAAACAAUCAUUUGGAAAAAAUCUUGUAUACAACGCAACUUUGUGCUUCACUCGUGGUUACUAUUCCUCGGGAUGCCUAUACACAAAUUGCCCUCGAAAAAGGCAUAUUUAAUCAUAAUUUAUACCUGGGUGUGGUUUUGUUUCAUUAUAAGAUACGCUUAUCAAGCAGCACUCUUCGAUGCAUUGAGUUACCGGUCAUAUCGACAGCACUUCAAAACUUGCAACGAGGUUUUCCAAUAUCCGUAUGGCGGGGCCUCUUCACUAAGAGAACAUUAUCGCUUAGAACAUGAUGUAUAUGAAAAGUGGAUUAAUUUGGACAUGAAUGAAAUUUACCGUAUUUUAGACGAGAUCCUGGACGGAACUACAGAGUUCAUUAUAGCAGGCAAGGUAGAUAUGAUAAAAAACCAUGUAAAGUAUUACAACGGUACAAAAAUAUUACAAAUUGUACCACAGACUAUAGUGCGUAUUCCUUCUGUCAUAUAUUUUAGGAAGGAUUCUCCAUUCAUAGCUCCGGUAGACCGAAUUUUGAGCACAUUAUCUGAAACUGGGUUUAUUGAAAUUGCGUAUAGGAAACACUUGAGUAUCUUUUCGAAAUGGCGUAAACCCGGCCUUGCAUCUGCCCAGCCUUUUCAUAAUGCUCUAUCUGUAGAAUAUUUUGCCGGAACUUUUAUUGUAUUGUCCGUAGGUUGGAUCGUCUCUUUGAGUGUCUUUGCUAUUGAAGUAGUGUGGGGAAUUUUACUAAAGAAAAGGCACAAAUAAAUAAUGGUUUGAUA